AUGGAAAGAACUCUCAGUUAUAGAGAAGAUACAGAAUGUCGCCUGUUUUCCAAUAACAGUGACGAUGAAAUUGGAUGCGACCAACAAGAUCAAGAUAGCUUAGACGACUUCGUAUCGUUUCCUACAAUUCCAGACCCAGACCAAGAACACUCCAAAACACUCACCAAGAUAUUUUCCAAGACGCUUCGUAAGGUGACAUCGAAUGCAACUCAUCUUGUGCAAAAUUAUUCGUCUCCUAAGUCACGUACAGCUAGUAGAAGUAGCUAUCAUGAUAGGUUUCCCGAGAGCCCGGUUAGAAUGCCAAUCUUGACUACCACGGCGGUAAUACAACCAGAAGCCGAUAAGAUAAGCCAAAUGACUAUGGAUAAUGUAUCUACAAUGUCGUCUCGGUUAUCUAGGGUAUCAUCGCCAGCAAUAGAGACGUCGUCUGUUACACCACAGAUUAGAGUGUCGGGACUCAAAUCCACCGAAAACGUAUCCAAAUCUCCUAGUAAUUCAGACUUGAUGGGCAUACCAGGUAUGUCUAAUAAUAGCAGAGAUGACAUUUUACAUCCGAAUAUCUCAAAUCAACAACCAAUGCAUAUAAGGUCUAGCGUUGCUCGCACGGACGUUCCCAAAGUUAAAUCUGACAAUAAAAGUUUACGUUUGUCCAGUAUGAAAGCUCCUCAGCUAUCACAUUUAUCCAUGAAUAAUAGUGCUACAAGUUCAGUUAUCAGCAUAAGUGCUAUUGCUAGUACUGACAAAGGUGAGACUCCUAUAAAUACUAGAAAGUCAAUCCAUAAAGCACUGCAAUCUACACCCUCAAUAGCUUCAAAUGCCAUGGGAUAUAAUAAUGUUAAUAACAAUAGUACUAAUAGUAUUUCACAGAAAGAAAAGCAAAAGAUUCUUCAGAACAGAAUUUCUUCAAUUUUCAAUAAUUUGCCAAACGACAUUGAGCUAUCUGAAGAUUCUGCAUCAGAUUUGGAAACGAUAAAUAAUGUUAGUAUGUCACGAUCUACCAGCGAUGCAAAUAUCGCAUCGAUGGAUAUUCAUGAUAAUUUACUAGCUGGGGAAAAAGAAGACAAAUCACCCAUAUCACACCGUUCACAGAAUGUACAAGAAUAUUCGCCAACACCUGUGGCUUUCAGUAAUUCCAAAAAUAUGCACGAUAGAACCAACAAGAAAAAAGGCUCUUCCAAUAUCCCUGGUUUGUUACUAGGUAAUGCAAAAUCUAUCAUAAAUAGUAAUAUAGCAGGAUCAGUUGUAUCAUCAGCAUCUUCAAUUGUUACGCCGAGAAGCAAAAAUAAAAAGAAGAAGAAGCCUAGAAAAUCAUCUGAAAACCCAUUGAAAAAUGGAGGCAUACCCAAACAAUAUUGGAUGAAUGAUUCCUUUGUUUCUGAUUGUCUAAAUUGUUUCAAACAGUUUUCUGCUUUCAGGCGGAAACACCAUUGCCGCUUCUGCGGGCAAAUAUACUGUUCUGAUUGUACGCUAUUCAUUUCAUACUCUAGACAUAAGGAAGAAAGAAAAAUGGGAAAAAAAUCUGAGAAAAAGCAUUUUAAUGAUAAAUUAAGAGUUUGCAAGGGAUGCUAUAAUGAUGUUAUUGUUUAUUUAAGUGAUGACUCAACAUCUUCUUCCUCUAACUCUGAUAAUGAUUUAGAUAGUGCAAUUUUUGAAGAAAAUGAAACGCAGGAAGACACCACAACUCCGCAACACCAAUUGUCGAGAAUACGCUCUUUAUCAAUUAGUUCACGACGUGAUAGCUUGAUUAAUGAGGCAAAUAUAAAGAAUGCAAAUAAAAGCUUCAUAAAUAAAGACUAUAAGUCAAUUCUAGAUAAGCCAAAUAAUUCCAUAACAGAAUAUCCAAGUAAUGAUGAUGCGGAUUACUCAAUAAACGGUCGCAAGCAAUCCUAUCCGGCUAACAUUGAUCAUAAUAAUAUGAAACCAUAUAUUAAACAGGCACCUCAAAUGGCAAUUCCAGCCACUAGAAAAGGCGAAGCCGUUGAAAUUCCUAUCCCUAAAAGUUCGUAUACGAAUAGCAUAUUAUCUCACUCAAAUAAUAUUGGUGGUGAUGCUUCCGCUUUAAGUCCAAGUAAUGAGCCGCUUGGCUACAAUACUACUUCAUGGUUUAAGAAUUAUACCCAUUUAAAGAAUUAUAAACUCCCAUCGUCUUCCGAAUCUAGGCCUAAUAGUUUUAAUAGCCAUAUGUAUAAUUCAUUUUUGGGAAAAAGAAAAGGCAGCAGAUAUAACAAACCUUCUACAGACCAAUCUGAUUAUCAUUCUUUGAAGACGAGGAGUAGAAGAACAGACGUAUUUCAACUCAAUGAUAUAGAUACAGAAACCAGUAAUGAAGAAGAUGAAGGUAAUCAUGAAGAUAUUGAGAGUGAAAAUGAAGACGAACAAGUCAUGUCAUUAUACUCUUCCUUGAACCAUAUUGAUUCUAAUAAUUCGACCACUACUUCUGCUUUAUCUCCACGUCAACCUGUGUCACAUACACUUAUUCUGUCAAAUACAGUUGUUCCUACGUUGGGUGAAUUUCCCACUAUGUUCGCUAAUGAGAAACUAUUCCAGAGAAAUUUUGCAAAGGGUAAUACGAAAUCAUCACCCUUGAUUUCAAAAUUAUUUCAGAAUAGUACCAGCUCGAUUGGAAGCGGUACAAUUACUAAUUCUAACGACUCUCAUAGCAAUAAUGGUCAAUCGUCAUUCCCAUUUCUUGAUGAAAAGCCCAGCGAUAAUUUACGAUCUCAUGAAAGGGCGCAUGCAUCGCUAUUAAGAAUGAGAUCAAGACGAAAGAGCAAAUCAGUAAGGAAUGUUCUGAUCUUAACUCAUAAUAACAAUAAGCUUCAAGGCCUUGACACGUCUCUUCUUCAAGGCCAAUCACCGGUGUCAACACCUACUUCUCCAAGACCUAUGUCUCAAUCAUCAUCCAAUAUGGCAUCGAACUUAACGAAGGGCUUGUCAAAUGAUGAUACACCUACAUUUAUGGCGAAUUCCAAGCCUAAUUUGUCGGCUUCAAGUGUUCCAGUCUUAUCCGGUUCGUCGCCAAUGCAGCUUAUUUCCCCUAGUAUAUCUAAGAAUGAUCCAAAUCAUGGUAAUGACAAAAGCCUUUUAAAUAGGACUGCUGAUAGUUCAUAUGCAGACAUUGAAGAUACCGCUAGUAUACGAAAAGAUAUUUUAUCCAUGAAUGACAUGCAUAAUACUGAUCUCAAACCAAAAGAACUCAUAUACAAAGAUUACUUAGAUUCAAUAAUGAAGCAAUGCUUAGAGGAUUGCGAAAUAAAGGAAGACCAGGAGAGAUGGUGUAAAGCAUUAAAGAGAGUUCUCUCCUACAUCAGCUACAUUAAAUUAACUGACACGAUAGAUAUUAGACAAUAUGUAAAGAUAAAGAAAAUUUUAGGUGGAACAAUUGAAGAGACUAAUGUCAUUGAUGGUAUGUUUGCAACAAAAAAUAUAGAUUCGAAAAGAAUGUCUUCAAAAAUUGAAAACCCGAAAAUAGCAUUGCUUAUGUUUCCAUUAGAAUAUUUAAAACAGAAAGAACUGUUCAUUAGUUUGAGAAUAGUUCAUUCUCAGCAGUCAGUUUACAUAACAAACUUAGUAUCACGUUUAGUAGCGUUGGAACCAGAUAUCAUUAUUGUCGGUGAUUCUGUUUGUGGGUUGGCAGAAAAGCUAUUAAUUGAAGCAAAUAUAACGGUAAUUUCAAACACCAAACCUCAGGUUAUUGAGCGAAUCUCGCGGUACACCAAGGCAAACAUUUUCCAGUCGAUCAAUGAUUUAUUUUUCAAAAAGGGAUCAUUAGGUACUUGUGAGAUGUUUGAAGUAAGAAAAUACUUGUACCAGGAUGUUGUUAAGAGUUUUAUUUUCUUUAUUGGGGGCGAUAUUGAAUCUGGAUUUACCAUUGCAUUGAGAGGUGGAGAAGAAAACGUAUUGAAUAGCGUAAAGUAUACUGCAGAGACUUUAAUCCUUGGUGUUUUAAAUUCAAAAUUUGAGAUCAGCCUAUUGGAGAAUCAUGCUAUAUCUAUUCUAGAUAAAAACAAAGAACCUUCAGAUGCAGAUUUGGCAAUUCAAGAAAUUCAAGAAAUUGACGAUGAAAGGAAUUCAAAUUACCUGGGUGAACAUAAUGCAUGCGAAGUCAUUAUGGAUAACUUGGAAGUUAAACAAUAUGUCAAGCUUUUUUCAGAACGGAAGUUGAGUGUUUCGCCAGCUGUGAUAGUUAAGUUACCAACCGCAUUGGUAAAUACAAUUACUUCAUACAAGAAUUUUUUUGAUUUCUUUAAGAAGGACCAACAGAUACAAUCAUUGGAUCUCCAAAAGGAUAUUGACCAAGAUUGGUUGAAUGAAUUAAACUUAGAUAUUGAUAUUGCUCGGCUUCCGAAUGAUAAAAAAGAUUUGAUCAAUAUCUUAAAGUACGCAAGUGGAUUCAAUUUAAACGUUUUGACAAAUGAAUUUCAAUCGAGGGCGAGGAUUUGGUCCAAUUGUAUGAGCUUUCCAUCGUACCAGUUAUAUCCUGUGUUUCAUAAAAGCAUACACUUCUUGCAUUCGACGGUGUCCAUAAAAUAUGCUACUCCUUGCUCAGGACCUAGCACGGUAGUCAUUGAUUACUAUACUGACAAUGAUAAAUGUCUUGGAUUAUUUCUCGAUCAAAUCUUCCGUGAUUCCUUAAGGACAUGUGAUGAAUGCGGUGAUUCUUUAUUAAACCAUUACAAAACAUAUGUUCAUGGUAACGUUAAAUUGGAUGUAAUCAUCGAAAAGUAUGAAAAUGUCUUUAAUGAAGAUUUACAAGAAAGAAAUCAAAGAUUGAUGUGGAGUUGUUGUAAGAUUUGUGAUUAUUCUAGCCCUAUAACAACGAUGAAUGACGAAACUUACUACAUAUCCGUCGGGAAAUUUUUGGAAUUAUGUUUUGGAGCUGAAAACGUUGUAUUGACCGAUUCAGGAUGCAAUCAUGACUUCUUCAAGCAGCAUAUUAGGUAUUUUGCUUUGAAAGAUUCUGUUAUUAGAAUGGAAUAUUCUGAAAUUGAUACCUACGAAGUUGUUGUACCAAAAAAACAAUUGGAGUACUUGCCAGACAUAGACAUUAAAUUAAAACUUGAAACUUUUAACCAAAUUCAAACUAAAUCAACUGAAUUCUUCCAGAGUGUAUUUAAUAGACUCAACAGGGUUAAGGUAGAUACAUUUGACAAGGCGGACGAUGGAAUUCAGAAAAUUGAAGAAUUAAAAACAAAACUUGAUGAACAGAUUGAUUCCAUUAAAUCUAAGACAUUAGAAAUUUAUAAUUCAACCUUAUCUACCGUUCACCUUCCCCUAAACCCUAUUUUGCGAGAGUUGCAGGAGCUAGGAGUUAUUUGGGAUAAUGAGUUUAAUGAGUUUGAAAAAAGCUUUUUGCCUACUGAAAACGAAAUCACGAAAAUCACCCAAUUUCAUUUGAAAAAGUUUUUAAUGGAUAAGUACAAUUCAGAAAGUCAGAAUAAGGAAACUGGACUAGGUGAUACAAUGAAAAAAUCGGAAGAAACGAAGGAUGAAAGUACUGAUGGAACAGAAACUGAUACAGAAGUAGACACAGGAACCAAAAUCAUGAACAAGGAUAAAAAUAUACUUGAAGAUUCAAUUCAAGAAGACAGGGGAGGAUUCCCUGAUUCCUCAUUGAACAAAGAAAAGACAAAAGAAAUUGGGAAAAUGAUUCCAUCAUCAUUAUAUGGCCAGUCCAACGUUGUUGAUAAAAUUAAUAGAAUGGAAGCCUUAUUGGAAAGUGAAAGAAAAGCGCAAGAUAAAGAUGCAAAAUCACUGAACAAGAAAAAUGUAUCUUCAAAUUCAAAAGCUUCUCAAGUAUCUACCGCUUCAGGGGGUGACAAACAACCGACGGCAGAAGAUCAAUCAACAAUUGAGGAACAUCCCGUAGUUCAAGAGCUUCCUCCAAAUAAAGUGUCUCAGAUUGCUAAUUUUUUCAACCAAAUGAAUUUUGAUCAAAUUUCGAUGGAAUUUAGAAAGCAAAGAGAAGAGGAGUUACAAAAGAAAUUGAACAAAUUUAAAGCCAUACCAAUAGUGGCAUCAAAACCUAUUGUUGAAAUUUAUGAUAACAUUGAAGACGUAGUAGAUGUUAAUGAUGAGACUGAUUUAGAUAAGAAAAACUUAAAAAGAUUACAGAAAAAAACUUCAAGUCAGGAACCUAGUUCAGGGAAGGUUCUGCCUAUUAUGAAAGACUCUACAUCUUAUAAAAACGACGAGGGAAAGGUCACUCCAUAUAAGAAUAGAGAAAGUGACAAGAAUAAGGAUUCUAAAAACCUUGAUAUACCACAGCCUGAAAAGAACUCUCUACUAAAAUCAUUAACAAACUUCUGGGCCGAUAGGUCUGCUACAUUAUGGGAUCCCUUGGAGUAUCCAUUGGAUUCUAGUGAGCAUACAUUUGCCGAUUCAGAUGUUAUAGUAAGGGAAGAUGAACCGAGUUCGCUAGUAGCUUUCUGUUUGUCGUCGCAUGAUUAUAAACAGAAGAUCAAAUUAAUGGGAGAGAAUAUUACAGACGAAAACAUCGAAAUUAAUGAAUCCAAUAACAAAAAGUUCAAGAAUUUCACUAAAAUUGAAAAGAAGUUCAAGACAAAUUAUAGCAGUGGAGCUAAGCUAAACGAAUUUGAGAGUAUUAUGAUCAAGAAUAAGUCGAAUCACUUAAAAUACCAAUAUUUAGAUGGUAAUACUAACUUAUCUUGUAAAAUCUUUUACUCGGAGCAAUUUGAUGCAUUCCGUAAAGCUUGUGGAAAUGACGAGACGUUUAUUCAGAGUUUAUCUCGUUGUGUCAAGUGGAAUUCCAGUGGAGGGAAGAGUGGAUCUAAUUUCUUGAAGACACUCGAUGCCAGGUAUAUCCUUAAAGAGCUUUCAAAGUCGGAGCUCGAGUCCUUUGUGUCCAUUGCCCCCUUCUACUUCAAGUACAUUUCGCAGUCGAUGUUUCACACCCUCACUACGGCUGUGGCUAAGAUCUUUGGCUUCUACCAAAUCCAGAUCAAAAAUACCAUCACGGGAAAGACGUUUAAGAUGGACUUCCUCAUCAUGGAGAAUCUCUUCUAUAACCACAACACUACCCGUAUCUUCGAUCUCAAGGGGUCUAUGAGAAACAGACAUGUUAAACAAACAGGAGAGGAGAACGAAGUUCUCCUCGACGAAAACAUGAUCGAGUACAUCUACGAAUCGCCCGUGUUCGUCAAAGAACACCUGAAAAAAUUGCUCCGGGGCUCAUUAUUCAACGACACUUCGUUUCUCUCAGCCAUGGACGUCAUGGACUAUUCGUUGAUCAUCGGCAUUGACGAUUCGUCGAAGAAACUCUACAUAGGUAUAAUAGACUGGUUAAGAACUUUUACGUGGGACAAAAAGGUUGAAAAUUGGGUUAAGGGAAACAACCUAAUUGGAGGCGGUAAAAAAGGCAAAGAUCCUACAAUUGUUACCCCUAAACAGUACAGAACCAGAUUCAGGGAGGCUAUGGAGAGAUACAUAUUGGAAGUCCCUGAUUUUUGGUACGAAGGAAAAUAA